AACGAAAUAACCAUGGGUUCUUCGCAACUAUUUCCAUCUGUCUUGUGUCUGAUCAUCAUAACAUUUUCCUCCACCAACAUUGCGGUAGCGCGUUCUCAUUUUGGGAAAGCAGUUCAAGAUUCAGGUACAAGCUGUCCUAUCACGGAUACAAACAGUACUACUACUACAGGUACGAACUGUCCUAUAAUUCCCACAACCGAUACAAACAGUACUAGUGCUCCUAAUACAACUCCAACUUCCGAUACCAAUAGUAGUACUACUACUCCUAAUACAACUCCAACUUCCGAUACCAACAGUACCACUACUACUACUACUACUCCUGAAACAAUUCCACCUACCGAAACAAACAGUACCGCUACUAUUCCAACUCCUACCGAAACUUUCCCAUGUCUGUCGAAGAAAAAGAUUUCUUCCAUUAAUUGCUUAACGAUGGCACAAGGAUAUUCUACCGACUGUGUAGCGCUCCCAAAUGUUGAUUCCGUUUCAUGUAGCCUACCUGCAAUGCCUUGUCUUUCACUUUCAGAUAUUAGGAAGCUUCCUUGUAUGCCACCUCAAGAUUCAUCAAGCGGUUCUUGUAUUUCACUUACGAAUGUCCCCAACGUUUGUUCACCAAAUAAUAUGCCAACACGUUAAGCACGUAUACCACCACUACUGCUGCAGCAGCAACA